CAGAAACAUGGAAAAAGGCUAAAUGCCUUCGUCAGUAGUGAACCUUGAGUGAUGUGCCAUCUCCUGUGACACAGACGGAGAGAAGAUCAGGAGGCAGAGUUGAGUCAAUGGGAAGGCACUGGGGACUGCCCCACAAUUGUAGUGCUGACAACUGAAAGAUAUCCUUCCCAAGAGGCCUCUGAUGCCACGGGAAACCUCCGAUGGAAGGUGUUUGGAUCAACCGCUAUCGGAAACAGUUGGUGAGGUCCAUCUCAGCACAGUUCUUGGAGGAGAUUAUCUGCUACAUGAGGAAGCUGGAUGUCCUCACAGCUGAGGAAGCAGGUCAGGUGCAGCAGGUGGGCACCGUAUCGGAGCAGGUGAAGGCCGUGAUGGAUCUUUUGGCCGGGAAGGGCAGCUCUGCUUCUCAGUAUCUACAGAACUUCAUAGAGAAAAAUAAUUCCCAGCUCUAUCUCCGUAUCACUGUCUAUGAACCUAUGGUGCAAAAACAUUUGGAAAGUCUCCAGAACCGCUAUGGAAAUGGCUUGGAGACUGGCCAGCUACGGAGGCUUACUAAUCUUCUGCUGGUAGAAGGUUUGACAGAUAUCCAACAGAAAGAGCAUGAUGUCAUGCAGCUAGAGGCCACCAAAGGCAUUAGGAAUAUAUCCAAGAAUAUCCCCUUGGAGAAACUCUUCCUGCCUCUGUCUAAAGUCAGCAUAUGUCCUCGGAUCUCUGUGACUGUGGGUGUAGCUGGGGUUGGCAAAAGCACUUUGGUGAAAUUAUUUGUCUACACAUGGACAAAAGGAGAGAUUAAUAAGGACAUCAUAUUUGUGCUGCCACUUACCUUCCGGGAACUCAACACUUAUGAGAAACUCUCUGCUGAGAGGCUCAUCCGGUCAGCGUUCCCUCACAUAACAGAACCAAGUUUUAUCUCCAAUGGGACUGUCCGGACUCUGUUGAUUUUGGAUGGCCUGGAUGAGUUUAAGACUCCUUUAGAUUUUUCUAACACAGUAGUUUGCACAGACCCCAAAAAGGAGAUUCAAGUAGACAACUUGAUCACUAAUAUUAUCCGUGGCAACCUGUUACAGGAGUUUUCCAUUUGGGUCACUUCCAGACCAACAGCAGCCAGCCAGAUCCCAGGUGGGCUAGUUGACCGGAUGACAGAAAUUCAAGGGUUUGGAUCUGUGGAGAUCAAGGAGUUCUUGGAUCAGAUGUUCCUUGACAACAAGGACUUGUCCCACCAAGUCUUCUAUCAUAUCAAGGCUAACAGGUCUUUGCAUGUUAUGUGCACAGUCCCUGCUUUUUGCUGGAUUUCUGGUACUUCAAUAGGCUAUUUUCUAAAGAACAGCACUGAUCAGUCCCAGGAAGUAACAACUGUUCCAAAGACCUUAACAGAAAUCUAUUCAUAUUAUUUUAAAAUGGCAUUAAGCAGUGAUUGGCAGGAUAAGCAGAGGGAGACUCCCAGGAUAGAGCAAGCCAUGAACAACAGCAAGAAGGUGAUUGGCAACCUGGGUAGGCUGGCAUUUUAUGGGCUGCUCAAAAAGAAGUACAUAUUUUAUGAACAAGACUUGAAAGCCUAUGGUGGAGAUCUCCUAGCGCUACAAGGCGGCUUGUGCAGUAAGAUAUUACUCAAGGAAGAGAUGCAGAACUUCACUGCAUACUAUUUCUCCCAUUUAAGCAUUCAGGAGUUUUUAGCAGCCAUGUAUUACUACACUGCAGCAAAGCGGGCAAUAUUUGACCUCUUCACAGAGAGUGGGAUGUCUUGGCCCAAGCUGGGUUUCUUCAAUCACUUUAAGAAUGCUGUCCAGAGAUCACUGCAAUUGGAGGAUGGGCAGCUGGACAUCUUUGUACGCUUUCUCUCUGGCCUUCUCUCCCCACAGGUGAACAAGUUGCUGUCUGGUUGGCUCUUGGUAAAGGAUGAGCAAAAUAACUACAGAAGUCUGGUGAUCAGUUUUCUCCAGAGCUGCUUGAACACUGACUACGUCAUCUCCUCCCGGACAGUAAAUGUCAUGCAGUGCUUGUAUGAAAUACAGCACAUGGAGAUUGCCAAGACAGUGGAGGAAGCUAUGAAAAAUGAGAGCUUAGCUGGGAUGUUAACUCCAGUGAACUGCUCUGCCCUGGCUUAUCUCUUGCAGGUCUCUGAGGUGUGCAUGGAAGAGACAAAUCUCUCCAACUGUCUCACCUACAAUAUUUGCAAAAGUCUACUUUCCCAGCUUCUCUUCUGUCAUAAUCUCCGGCUGGACAACAACCAGUUUAAGGACAAUGUGAUGGAGCUGUUGAGUAGUGUGCUGAGUGUGAAGGAUUGUCAGAUUCAAAAGAUCAGUUUGGCAGAAAACCAGAUCAGCAACAAAGGAGCCAAAGCUCUCGCCAGAUCCCUGAUGGUCAACAGGACCUUGAUGGUCCUUGACCUCCGGAGCAAUUCUAUUGGACCUUCAGGGGCAAAAGCACUUGCUGAAGCACUGAGAAAAAACCAAAGUCUUCUUUCCCUGAACCUUCAGAAUAAUGUAAUAAAGGAGGAAGGUGCUAAGUUCUUGGCGGAGGCCCUUUUAACAAACCACAAGCUGAUGACUUUGCACCUUCAGAAGAACUCCAUUGGGCCCCAGGGUGCAAAACAAAUUGCUGAAGCACUGAAGCAGAACGGGAGUCUCAAGGAACUAAUACUCUCCAGCAACUGCGUGGGAGACACUGGAUCAGUUGCCUUGGCCGAAGCUCUGAAAGUGAAUCACAGUCUUACAACCCUCAAUCUCCAAAGCAAUUCCAUCAGUAACACUGGGGUCACUGCACUGACGGGAGCUCUCUGCUCUAACCAAGGCCUCAUCAGCUUGAAUCUCCGGGAGAAUUCCAUCAGCAAAGAGGGAGCACCGGAGAUAGCCAGCGCCCUGCGGACCAACUGCACCCUGAGGAACCUGGACUUAGCAGCAAAUCUGUUGCAUGACGAAGGAGUCAAGGCCAUUGCACAGGCGAUGAAAGAGAACAAGGCUCUGACAUCACUGCACCUGCAGUGGAAUUUCAUCCAGGCAAGGGCUGCCGGAGCAUUGGCUCAAGCCCUACAGUCCAACAAAAGCUUGACUAGCCUAGACCUGCAGGAGAACGCAAUUGGAGAUGAAGGAAUGAUUGCCCUUGCCACUGCUCUGAAGGUGAACACAACCCUUACAGCGCUCUACCUGCAGGUGGCUUCAAUUGGAGUGAGUGGGGCCACAGCCCUGGCCGAGGCCUUACUGGCUAACAGGAGCCUCACAACGUUAGACUUGCGAGGAAACUCUAUUGGUGUGCCUGGAGCCAAAGCGAUGGCCAACGCAUUGAAAGUAAACCGCAGUCUCCGCAUUUUGAACCUGCAAGAGAAUGCUUUAGGCAUGGAUGGAGCUAUCUGCAUUGCCACAGCACUGAAAGGGAACCAUGGGCUGACUUAUGUCAACCUGCAGGGGAACCGAAUUGGCCAGUCAGGAGCCAAGGUGAUUGCUGACGCCAUCCGAACAAAUUCACCCAACUGUGUCGUGGAGAUGUGACCACUGGCUGGAGCAAGGGUGCAGGGAGGCCUGGGGCCCAGGCAGAGACUCACUUGAGUGUGACUGGGUCACCCUUCCUGGGCACAGUGCAUGGUUCCUGUGCAUCUGCACGGGGCCUUAACCCACAUGUCUGAUAGAUGGCUGCAGAGCCCACCUGGCUCUGGGGUGCUGUGUGAUGGCCUGGGUGGAGGUGCACUCCAGCUGUGGCUGUGGCUGUGGCUGUGGAAGCUGCAGAAGGAUCCAGAUGGGUGGUAUGAAGGGACCAUCCUAGAAUGUGUCUUUCUUAGCCCCACAGGAGUGACCCCCACCUCCACCCAGGCCCUGGAAUGAGCUUCGGGGCAGCAGCAACAAUCAGAACACCUCUGCACAGGAGGGGUGCUGUGCAUGGACCUGAAUGGGGACCAGGACCAACAAUUCAUUGACCCUAUAACGAAGUUCCCUCUGUCCCAUGAUAGCAAACUUUCCUCUGACCUCCUCCAUGCAGGCUGCUGUGAGAGUGUCUGUGCUUCACAGACACAGAGUUGCCUCCACAGACUUACAGCUUUGUCCAGGGUCUGUGCAGGGGAAGGCCUGAGGUCAUGGGCAGCGAAGGCAAUUCUGUGUUGCUGCAGAAGAAGACAUUAUCGUAGCACAGCCUUCAGGACAGGGCUGGCAGUGCCAGACACGGCGUACCUGGAGCGUGGAGGUUCUCUGCCUCCUGACACCACGCAAGGCAAGGAGAGACACAGCCGAGCAGAAGAUGGGACUUGUUCAUAGCAUCGUGGUUGCUGCACAGAAUGCUCUGGUGAGAGGAGACCCAUCACUCCUGUUGCCCAGCCCAGCAGCUUGGUGCAUUUAACUCCUGGUCACCUCAUGUGGAUGGACCAGGCCUAUAUCGGCUCUGAAAAUGUGCUGCUUUCCCUGAAGCAGUUGCCAAAACUGAGUCCUGCUGCAGAGGGUCUCUGACAGGACGCCUCUUUCUUCCAGAAGCUUGUACUGAUCACAGAGUGACUUAGGACUGUAAAUGUCACCAGGCAGGGGCCCUGCAUUGCUACAGACACCUUGGAGGCUGUUGAAUUAGUAAACAGCAAUGAUGGGUGUCUU